AAAAUAGAUAAGCCCCUCUGGAGGUGUGAUACCGAGUUCGGAACUGUGACAGUGCACUAUAUGUUUUUUGAAGAGUCAUCGGAGUCACUCGGAAAGCGGAGCGCACAGUUGGGCAAAAGCCCGCCGUGAAGACUAUGCAGCAAAAGGGUGUAGCGGGGGAGCAGGGGUUAGGGUUCAACGAGACAAAGAUGUCCACCACCCAAACCCCCUGCAGUCAGGGUCCACUGGCUGGACUGGCUUGCAACUCUGUCUGGCAUUGGGCAAACGCCGCCAGUCGCGUCUCCCAACGACGUCCGCGAAUGUUUCGGGGAAUUUACGGCCCGCAUUUGAGCUCUCCUGAAGUCAACACCUGCUGGAGGGGAGCGUUUUCAGGGCGACCAGCAAACGGAACGAUCAAUCGACAUAGCGGCGCCGGCGGACGGUUAUCGAGUGUCUCGCCUUGCGACCUUUAACUUCGAGCCCAAACACCACGAAUCCCUGAACACGCAAAUGCGACUCCAGCGACGACAACAUCCCAUUCAAGCAACACGGUGAGCUCGUCCUGAACAGGCGCAGCCAUGGCCGGGAAUACAAACCGGUACUCGUCUUACACGACAGCCUCUGUUGGGUCAGGAUCAGAUGGCAAGAAUGGCGAGAAGGCGGAGAAGAAGGAUCUCUGGAGCUCCAUGCUGGACGGGGUAGCCAGCGCAAAGCGACUGCCAGAAAAGAAUAUUAUUUUACUAGGAGGUACUGUCGACUCCCAGCGAGAGUUCUUCGAAUCCCUCUCCAACAACGAGCUACGCCGAACCCUUGAUCGAAACGCAUCUCGAAUGCCCCCAGUCGCAAACAGCUUUGCACUGGGGUAUACCUACUACGACGUUCUUGAUGCCGACCAGGAAGACACCUUGGCUCGCAUAUCUCUGUACACUCUUACAAACCCCUCGCCGAGCUUCGCGUCUCUUCUCAAGCCGCUUCUGACGCCUCAGACGAUACCCAAUACCCUGAUUGUAAUAUUACUGGAUUGGUCUCAGCCGUGGAAAUGGAUGCGCCAGUUGCGGGAGUGGAUUUUGUUACUCAGGACUGUUCUGAUCUCGUUAAGCCAUGAGUGUAUGGCAACAAUGGAGGAAGUGAUGUUGUCGUGGCGUGACCGCGGUAGGGGUGGCGGGACCAACCUCGACGGCACAACGGCCUUGCCAGUCGCGGAUGAUGGUGUUGCUUUACCCCCAGGUCCUGGCGAGUGGGAGGACGCACUGGGUAUCCCACUAUGCGUUGUCGCUCAAAAUGCCGAAAAAAUGGAAUACCUUGAAAAAACACAAAGUUGGAAGGAGGAGGAGUUUGAUGUUGUGUUACAGUUCAUGCGGACAGUAUUGCUUAGGCAUGGCGCUUCUCUGAUUUACACCACCCCCUCUUUACCCUCGCAACUCCCAAGCUUGAUUCACUCAAGCCUUGGCAUCCACUCACUUCUGAAGAAGCAACCACUAAAGCACAAUGUCAUCGACAGGGACAAGAUUGUAGUCCCUCCCAACUGGGACUCGUGGGGUAAGAUCCGUGUACUACGAGAAGGUUUCGACGUGGAACGUGUCAGCAAUGCCUGGACCGCCGAUCUCGAUCAGCCAUUCCCACAUCGUCAAUCAAACGGCAACACGUCAAAUGGCGAGCCCAAUGGCGAAAGCGGUGAAGCUGUUCACGACCAGGAAAAAGAGGACGACGACCCCCAGGGCUCCACAGUCAGGCUAUACGAGCUGUCGGUGCAGGAUCCCACAAUGGACGCCCUCCAGCUGGCGGGGCGCGACACUCACUCGACCGAGCUUGAAGUAAAGAGCGAGGACACCCAAGCCUUCCUCGGCAAACAGCUCAAGCAGCUCGAGACCUUCAAGAAACAGCACGACGAGACCUUUGGUCAAGACUUUGGCAGCUCCAGAAAUAAACCCUUCAAGAAGAUUGAGGAGGAUGAGGGGGCGCUGGACCCGUAUACUCGGCCGACAGAAGCCAAAGUGUUGGAGCAUAUUGGCCCGGUGCAGUUCAACAUGGGCGGUAUCCAAGUAGACGCGGAUGACAUGGUUCAGAGGCUCAAGGACCGUCAAGCAUACGGCACCUCCGAGCCAAGCAGCCCAACAGACGAGGUGGGCGCCGAAGCAAACGCCCAAAUGGAUACCGAAAACCUGCAGGCCUUCUUCCAAGGCCUGAUGAACAGGAAGAGCGGCACAGGCAAAUGAUCCUUUUGCCGAUUUGCCAGCUACAUACUGUACUAAUAACAUUCGCAUUCCUACAUGACAACAACAAACACUCAAGGGGUCAGCCUCUUUUUUCUUCACUUCUUUUCCCAUUCAUUGUGCGUCGUUGUUAGAAAUGGUCGUGUACAUGUUAUCUAGCUCCGGUUAAGAGAGGGAGGGAGGGAGGGAGGGGGGGAUAUGGAUUAUGUCACCCCUUGUUUUGGAACAAGAAGAUUUAGAUACCCCCUGUUUUCGAUAUGGACAGAAUACCUCUGUCGAGAUAUAUUCGUGACUGAUGUUUUGAGCCGGAAGCAUUGGCCGUCUGUCUGUUCAAAGCAUUGCGGUCCCCGCAGUCAUGAAUGGGUUUUUAUUUUCACCAAAAAGAUGCGCUUCAUGGUAGUUCAUCGAGUGUGUCUGACGGAGAUGGGGGCCUCCCACACAGAGGAGUAGAGGAGAACGCUGUCUUAUUUGGUGUCAGGGUCUCAACAUAUCUCUAAUAGGUCCUGAAUGAUAGGUGAUGGUUCUUUCACAGGUGCUUGAGCAUUGUAUGGCGAUAGCCGAGAGGCCUUGGAGCUAUCAUUUGCCGCACAGUGUUGGGAUCAUGUCUGCACAUGUA